GAAUCCAUCAAGCCUGAAGACUUCACACCAGAAAUCUUUCAUUUUUUUCUCAGCAAGAUGUGCUUGAGGCCGGAUAUUGACAAGAUCUUUUCCGAACAGGGGGCCAAGGGGAAGCCGUACCUGACGCUGGAGCAGAUGACGGAAUUCAUCAACCUGCGACAGCGAGACCCCCGCCUCAACGAGGUUCUCUACCCCCCCCUCAAACCCCCCCAGGUACAGCGGCUGAUCGCCAAGUACGAGCCCAACAUCAACUUCGCCCAGAAAGGACAGAUCUCGCUGGACGGGUUUACAAGGUUCCUGCGCGGGGUAGAGAACUCCAUCGUUCCCCCGGAGAGUCUGGACGUGAGUGAGGACAUGAACCAGCCGCUUAGUCACUACUUCAUCAACUCCUCGCACAACACCUACCUCACAGCGGGCCAGUUGGCGGGCAACUCGUCGGUGGAGAUGUACCGCCAGGUGUUGUUGACGGGAUGCCGCUGCGUGGAGCUGGACUGCUGGAAGGGCCGACUCCCCGAUGACGAGCCCUUCAUCACCCACGGGUUCACCAUGACCACCGAGAUACCCUUCAAGGAGGUGAUUGAAGCAAUCGCUGAGAGUGCGUUCAAAGCCAGUCCCUACCCCCUGAUACUGUCGUUCGAGAACCAUGUGGACUCGGCCAAGCAACAAGCCAGAUGGCGGAGUAUUGUUGCUCCAUCUUUGGGGAGGGCGUUGCUGGUCGACCCCCUCGACAAGUACCCGUACUGGGGGCUGGUGCCGGGACCCUCGCUCCCCUCCCCGCAGGAGCUGAGGGGCCGCAUCCUGAUCAAGAACAAGAAGCGACGAGACCUGAAAGCCAGCAUCAGGCAGCGGCCGGGAGCCCCCCCCUCACUGGGGACAGGGGAGGGGGCUGCAGCAGGGGCGAUGCGUGAGGGGGGGGAGGGGACCCACACGAUGGCCAACGGUGACGAACAGUUGCCCCGAGACCUGGAGGAGAUCGUGAAGCUGCCCCGUAAAUCCAUUGACAGAGAGGCUGAGAGUGACUUUGAGGAAGAGGAGGACCCCGAGAUGAAGAAACAGCCCAGUGCCACUGACGAGGGCACGGCGGGGAGCGAGGUUAACGCCACGGAGGAGAUGUCCACUCUGGUCAACUACGUGGAGCCCGUCAAGUUCAAGUCCUUCCAAGUGGCCGCCCAGAGGAAUCGGUACUACGAAAUGUCCUCCUUGGUGGAAACGAAGGGCUUGGAGCAGCUGACAAAGUCGCCUGUGGAGUUUGUGGAAUACAACAAGAAGCAGCUGAGCCGGAUCUACCCCAAGGGCACUCGCGUCGACUCCUCCAACUACAUGCCCCAGGUCUUCUGGAGUACAGGCUGCCCGAUGGUGGCCCUCAACUUCCAGACCCUGGACCUGCCGAUGCAGCUGAACAUGGGCAUCUUCGAGUACAACGGUGGCAUCGGCUACAUCCUCAAACCGGAGUUCAUGCGGAGAGUGGACAAGCAUUUUGACCCCUUCACCGAGAACAUCGUGGACGGCAUUGUGGCCAAUACUGUCGCCAUCAGGAUCAUCUCGGGCCAGUAUCUGACGGACAAACACGUGGGCGUGUACGUGGAUGUGGACAUGUUCGGCCUUCCCAUCGACACCAAACGCAAGUUCCGCACGAAAAUCAUCACCAACUCCCUGAACCUGGUGUGGGAUGAGGAGCCCUUUGUCUUCCACAAGGUUGUGCUCCCGACCCUGGCCUCGCUUCGAGUGGCCGUCUACGAGGAAGGAGGGAAGUUCAUCGGCCAUCGUGUGUUGCCCGUGUCUGCGAUACGUCCCGGUGAGUUUUACAUCUGUUUACGGAACGAGGCUAAUCAGCCCCUCCAGCUGCCGGCCCUGCUGGUCUACACCGAGGUGAAGGACUUUGUCCCCGACAUCCACAAAGAUUACAUCAAAGCUCUGUACAAUCCCAUCCAACACGUCAACCUGAUGGAACAGAGGUCCAAGCAGCUAGUGUCCCUCACAGGGGAAGAGGAGAUGUUACAGGUGUGUCGCUCUGAGCCGUGCCUCCCCGUGGAGGAGGCGAGGAUUAAGCCAGAUGUGCGGCCCCUCACACAUCUGCACAGAUGUUCUCUGACCCCGUCCAUCAGUGACAGAGUUCCAUCAAUAGACACAGGCAACUGCCGGAGUCAGGAGGACCUGAUACCCACCAUCUUGUCAGCGGGUCAGGGUGUGAAUGCGUUGACACUGGGGGAACUGCGGCAGAGUCGAGGCUACGAGAAGCUGCGACACAAGCAGCAGAAGGAGCUGCAGCAGCUGCAACACAAACACCUGAAGAGCCUGGCGUCUCUGCGCAAGGAGCAUUGCAGCAAGGUGCAGGAGCUGGAGGCUGCGGCGUUGAGACGGGGGUCGCCCCUGGCCAGGGCCCUGCGGCACAAACCCAGGUAUCGCAAUGCCACAACACGCGGAGCUUUGAACAAUCAAACCUUCCCGGUUUCGGCCCGAAACGUUGCCUAUUUCCUUCGCUCCAUAGAUGCUGCCGCACCCGCUGAGUUUCUCCAGCACUUUUAUGAAACAAUCUCACUUGGCGCCCCCUCUGCCCCAAUGCCGCAGCUGCAGGGAAUGGAUGCGGAGGCUACACGGAAGCUGCGGGACCUGCGACGCUGCCAAUGGGCGCAGUUACUGCAACUACGCCGGGACCUGCAGCACGUCGAGAUGUAUCGUAGGAUGCAACAGUUCAGUCUGCUUCACGGUAAACUGCGUGAGAUUGCGUUGGAGAACCAGGCAACACAGAUGAAGAAACUGCAGCAGCUCUGUGACAGGGAACAGAAAGAAUUGAAAAAGGAUUUGGAUCGGCAGCGGCUGGAGCACAUCACGCAGGUGAAGGCCAAGGACAAGCAGGCGGCCCAGAGGAAGCGCGAGGAGCAGCUGCAGCAACAACAUCGCGACGUCCUCCAGCAGAUCGACGAGGAGGGGCCAAAGGAACAGAAGCUCCUGACCGACGCCUACAAGCUCGAGAUGGAACAGUUGCCCCUGGAUCCGACCCCUCUGCCCCCGGAGGUCAGGGGUCAUCGGCGGGCGUCUGAGGUGUCGCUGGAGCCCGACCCCCCCUCUAGGGCCGGGGGGAGGGGGCAACAGAACCCCUCGUCUCCAAACCAACGUCCUGGGAGCUCGGCAAAGCCCAACCGGACAUGACCACCAUCUUGUAGGUUCACCACUAUCU